AAUCAAGAGGACAAUGAUGUAGAGAACCCUCUCUCUGAGCUUAAACACAAGUCAGACUGUGGAUAUAAGAAAUGUUCUACAGAGAAAAAAACAGUGGAGACACAAAGGAAAUUCCAGACAGGAAUGAAGCUUAGCUGUGAAGACUGUGGCAAAACAUUUAGUGGGAAAUGCGCUUUAAACGCACACAUGAGUAUCCACACAGGAGAGAAGCCUUUCUGUUGUGAUCUGUGUGAACAAAGAUUUGGACAAAAAUCACAUUUAAACACACACAUGAGAAUCCAUACAGGACAGAAGCCUUUCUGUUGUGAUCUAUGUGGACAAAGAUUUAGCCUAAAAUCUAAUUUAAACACACACAUGAUAAUCCAUACAGGAGAGAAGCCUUUCUGUUGUGAUCUCUGUGGACAAAGAUUUAGCCUAAAAUGUCAUUUAAACACACACAUGAGAAUCCAUACAGGAGAGAAGCCUUUCUGUUGUGAUCUAUGUGGACAGAGAUUUAGCCGAAAAGCAAUUUUAAAACACCACAUGACAAUCCAUACAGGAGAGAAGCCUUUCUGUUGUGAUCUAUGUGGACAGAGAUUUAGCCGAAAAUCAAUUUUAAACACACAUAUGAGAAUCCACACAGGAGAGAAGCCUUUCUGUUGUGAUCUGUGUGGACAAAGAUUUAGCGAAAAAGGUUCUUUAACCAAACACAUGAGAAUCCAUACAGGACAGAAGCCUUUCUGUUGUGAUCUAUGUGGAAAAAGAUUUUGCCACAAAUCACAUUUAAACACACACAUGAGAAUCCAUACAGGACAGAAGCCUUUUUGUUGUGAUCUAUGUGGACAAAGAUUUAGCCACAAAUUUAGUUUAAACGCACAUAUGAGAAUCCAUACAGGACAGAACCCUUUCUGUUGUGAUCUAUGUGGAAAAGGAUUUAGCCAAAAAUCAAGUUUAAACACACACAUGAGAAUCCAUACAGGACAGAAGCCUUUCUGUUGUGAUCUAUGUGGAAAAACAUUUAGCGAAAGAGGAACUCUAAACAGACACACGAGAAUCCAUACAGGACAGAAGCCUUUCUGUUGUGACCUAUGUGGACAAAGAUUUAGCCACAAAUUCAGUUUAAACGCACAUAUGAGAAUCCAUACAGGACAGAACCCUUUCUGUUGUGAGCUAUGUGGAAAAGGAUUUAGCCAAAAAUCAAGUUUAAACAGACACAUGAGAAUCCAUACUGAAGUUAAAAUGGCUCUGCUAUGAAUAUUAAUACAAAGUGCACAGAUGAUGAUGCCGUGUGUAUGGAAGCUUCUGAAAGGUUUGUUGACAAAAUUAUAUAUCAUUUUAGACAUCUGUUGAUGUUUUAAAGGCACACCUAAAACCCUCUGGCGCCAUCUGAAAAUGCCUAAUUAUAGCUCUUACCUCCUGUUCUGUGGCCUUUCAUAGGGUCCUCAGUAAGAAAACUAUUGUGGGAAGAGAAGGCGCUUUGGACCGCUGUACCAAUUUCGGGCAGCCUUUACUUCAUGUAUAAGAGAGGGAGAGAAGGUGCUCCUCGCUUUCCACUUGCUGACACAAGCAGCUCCAUGCAGCUUUCAGAAACAGACUAACUCUCAGUGAGGAGCCGACUCCCAGCGUUCAAUUCAAUUCAGUUUUAUUUAUAUAGCGGCAAUUCAUGAAACAUGUCAUCUCAAGGCUCUUUACAAAGUCAAAUUCAAUCAGAUUAUACAGAUUGGUCAAAAAAUUUGCUAUAUAACACAUGGGACCCAGGUGAUUGCAUCAAAGUCCCGACAAGCAGCUUUCACUCCUGAAGAAGCGUAGAGCCACAGGGAGAGUCGUCUGCAUUG